CGUUUCUUAAGCACACGUACAAUUGUAGAUCCCGUGGUCUAUUGACGUCUUCAAACUAUUUAAGAACGCCUCAAUGGCUUCUCCAAUUCUUGUUGCUGUCGUCGCUGCAACAGAUACUGUUCCUUACUACCUUCUCUACGAAACUCUGCCAUCAUGCGUUUCUCCAUCACCUUGAGUGCUCUCGUGAGCUCAGUUGUUGCCAUCACAACCCCUCCAUCCGGCGCCCUUACGGUUGGCUCAGGCGGAACGUACUCAACGAUCCAAAAGGCAAUUAACGCGCUGAGCACUAGCUCGUCGUCGACCCAGAAGAUCUUCAUCUACUCUGGAACCUACAAUGAGCAGGUCAAGAUCCCAGCACUCAGUGGUCCCCUCGAAGUCUACGGCUACUCGGCGUCCGGCUCGUCAUACUCGGGCAACAAGGUGACUGUCCAGCAAUCAUGCAGUCAGCUCAGCUGCGGCACCAACAAUGAUGGCACUGCCACAAUCUCCAACCACGCCGCCAACACCAAGUUCUACAACCUCAACAUCAAGAACACCUACGGCAAGGGCUCCCAAGCCGUCGCCCUGAGCUGCUACGGCACAAAGCAGAGCUACUACGGCGUCGCUCUCUACGGCUACCAAGACACCCUCCUCUCCAACGAGGGCAAGCACUUCUUCGGCAAGAGCUUCAUCCAAGGUGCCACCGACUUCAUCUUCGGCCAGCACGGCAUCGCCUGGAUCGACGGCACCGACAUCCGCGUCAACGGCAACGGCUACGUGACCGCCUCCGGCCGCGCCUCCAGCACCGACGUCUCCUACUACGUGAUCAACAAGUCCAACGUCGCGGCUGACUCGGGCGGCGGUCCCACAACCGGUAACGUCUACCUCGGCCGUCCAUGGGGCGAGUACGCACGGGUCUGCUUCCAGAACACCGCGCUGUCGAGCAUCAUCAACGGCGCUGGGUGGAAGAUCUGGAACACGGGAGAUGAGAGGACUGGGCACGUUACGUUCCAGGAGUACGGCAACACGGGGGCUGGAGCUUCGGGGACGCGUGCCAGUUUCUCGAGCAAGAUUAGCAGCGCGCUCACCAUCUCGAACAUUUUGGGAAGCGAUUAUGCUAGCUGGGUUGAUACGUCGUACCUUUCUUAGGUGAAAGUUGUGCGGCGGGCGCCUGAUCUGUGGAC